UGAGAGUGCCAUCGCAUCCUGACAUGUAGUACGUUCGAGUGUACGCGAGGUAGUCUGGCUUCAUUUCUAGAUCUGUAGAUUACAGAAAUUUCUUGAAGUCUCGUUGUAUUGAUUGUUAAAAUGACCUGGGGUUUAGAGCUUUGGGUAAGUGAUCAAGGGCUUGAGUGCUCGCUUGUCUUGUCGCAGCUUGUGUUCUGGUAUUAUCCGACAUCAGUGAUUCAACUGCGCGAUAUUCAACAUUCUCCUGCGAUGAGACUAACACUUGCACAUUUUCUCUAUGGUUUCUAGGAUCAGUUUGAUCUCAUUGCCAACCAUACGUCUUCUGGAAUCGAUUUCGUGGAAAAGGUAGCGAAGUUCGUGAAGGAAAGGUGUGAAAUCGAAUCGCGGUAUGCGAGGGACUUACGGUAAGAGAGAAAGGAAUUUCAUUUUACGAAAUCGAAAUUCUUUAUAUGUCGUAAUAGAAUGACUGGUAUAUUGUCCUUGUACCAUCAAAUUAUUACUUGACUCCGUUGGAGCUUAAGUGUAAAAUAUGUGUAAACAAUUUGGCAUUUUUGGUGAGUUUCAUGUGGAUCUCUUCUAUGCUGCUCUGAGCAUGUUUCCUAACAGACAGCUGAUUGGUGUCAUUCCUUAUAAUAAUCAUAUACACUCAAAUUUUUCUUCCGCGCUUGCAUGACUGUUCUUACUGCGUGUCGCUGUCCUUGAGAAAUACUAUCCGUGUUUCUACUUUCGCUGAUUAGAACAUACUUUUAAUUCAGGAUCAAGGAGACCAUCUGUUAAAUUGCAGGGAUCGAAACAGAAAACCAUAUUUAUGACGUUUAUUGAUUAUUUGCCGUAGUUUAGAACGACAAACUAAUGAUUUUCAAUCAUCGAAUUUCACUUUUCGACCUCAAAUUUUAACAGGGACAGUUGUCAGAUAUUUAAAACAUUGACAACCACAUCAACUUUUAAUUCAAAAUCCACAUUAUCAAAAAGGAUUCGCUCGAUUUUUGUUUUUGAAGAAAGAGCUGUUUAUUUUUUCAGUGGAGUCACUUGACAUCACGUAAUAUUGACACUCAGUUUCAGAGGCCCAUUGCGUUAUCCGUAUUUCAUUUCCUCAUGAAGAAUUCAGCAUUAAUUACUCAAAUCAAAAGAAGUAUUUCAAAAUAUUCCAUCGUGACACAAUGCAAACCCAAACAUAAUUUCACAGUAGGUUGCAUUGAAAUACUUAAUCAUUUCAGUUACUAGACCUGAAAAUUAGCAAUCUUCAGGGAUUCUCCUGUCUCCAUUUCUCUGCUAUUGAAAAUUCAAAAUCAUACACAAUCAUUAUUUCAUCAUUAUACAAGUUUAGUCCCAAUCUUCUUCAUGCAAUGAGGAACUUUUAUUUCUUUGUCCGGGUUGACAGUUGUCUGAGUCCUCAUCAACUUUCUUCUCUGACAGUAAAUUGAAAUUUUCAAAGUAAAGAUAUAUUCUUAUAUAAAAAAAUUUAUAUGUACUCUGCAGUUCUUAAGAAAUGGUUAAGAACUGGUUAGAAAGACCUACAAAAUUAGUAAGAGAAUUUUGAAUCCCUUUUAGGAUUAGCAAUAAAUUAUGACUUUCAUGUCCAAUUCUUUAAACUUGGUGUAAUACAUGUAUGUAUAAACAAUUAGUUUCCUUUCUCAAGCAGUGGGAGGAACAUUUAUUAGAUAAUCAUUGUUCUUAAUGCUUAGACUCACAUUUUAAACUACUUUGUGUAACUUCACAGACAACUGGUAAAGAAAUUCAACCCAAAGAAGAAGGAAGAUGAACAUAUGUGAGUUGACUCUUCAUUUUUUCCUCUUUCGAUCCCUUCAAGUGACUAGCAUCUAUUUCCUUGUUAUACUAUCACCCCUGGAUCAAACAUUAAGUUCGUGAGAAUGAAGAAAAAGAUCAACUGGUAAAAGAAGCUCUUGGUUGUUAAACAAAUUCUCCUUGUCAGUACCACAGGAAUCUUUUAGAGAACAGUAUGGAGAAUAUGCAUAAUGAUGUUGGGGCGUAGAGAGUUAACUAUGGAUUGUCAAAAUACCACAAUACAAUUGAUGAUUUUUGUGCAUCCAAAAUUCUGUAUCUGUCAUUUGUCACAAGCUUGCUACAUAUAUUGUUAUAGUUAAUGAAAGCCGUAGAUCAUUUGUACCAUAGUUUGCACCAGAUCUCAUCAUGUUAUCUUAUACUUGACAGUAUAAAUCAUAGAUUCAUACUGUGGUAUUUAUCAGAAGGAAUUAAAAAUAAAAUCAUGUUCACCCAUUGACUAACAAGAUCUGAUAGUUAAUUCUCUCCUCUAACUGCACUAUGUUUCCUUGUAAAUUUGUUUCAAGAAUUUGGUUUAGAUCAGGAAAACAGCUUUUACCUUAGUGUAAACAAUUUGAUUAUUCUCAUCACCUGUUUGCUGGAUGAUGCUUGGAUAUUAUGGAGAGAAAAUACGUGUUUAUCACUUUUGAGAGUUGACAAGUUUAAAGAGAUCAGUACCUGUGGUCCAUUGACUGAUUCACCAUUGUCCUUCAUCCAGACAUUUUUGUAUUAUAGGCAUAACUUUGGCCUCUACAUUUGCAUACUCCACUACUUAAAUGGUUGAGCAGGCAGCCAUUAGACUUCUACUAAUGUCUAAUGAGAAAAGGUUUCUAUAAAUUGAACAACUGAAAUAGUUAAAGGAAGAAUUGUUGUGGGAUCGUGGCUAGUGGUGAACAUUUAUGCUCUGACAGCCUGACUUAUCACUCAGUCAGUGAACUUUUGAAUCUGCAAGUUUUUUACCAUUUGACAUUAUACAAUUUAACCAUUUUACACUAUAAUGGAUUUUUAAUGACAUGUUAAUCUCACAUGAAGCUGUCUGUUUUAUACAGGUUUUUAAUGACAACGGUGCUGUAUUUUGGAUUAUCAUCCAAAUAACAGUGGUGUCCUUGUACCUCAAACUGUGACUUAAGAUAAAGAUGUGUUUGAGAUGUGGGCUGAUUUCCACCAAACCCCUUUACUCCCAAGUGAUCAUUUGCUUUCUACCCAUUAAGUUUUACACUGUUUUGCAAUUUUUAUUUUGGAUCAAUUAAUAAUCCCCUUAUUGACUUACAAAGGAUAUAGCAUGACCAUAAAGAGAUACAAAAUUUCUCUGUGAGUGUUAAAAAAUGUACUGAAAUAUUUUCAACACGAGAAGCUAAAUUUCAUAUCUCCAAGUGGCCAUUUUAUUAUUCUAUUUAUUUAUUUAUUAUAUGAGCAACAAAUGGAAUACCAAUCAUUUCACUUAAAAAUGUUUUUAAAAGUGCUCCGUGUAAGAAUAUAUCAUGUUUUCAUGUGAACACUCACUUGGUAUUUAUGUUGUAAUUUCCUUUAUUCUUGUCACUUGUCUGCUUGAUAUUGUAUUGAUAUCAACAGAUAUCAACCCUUAAACCCUUUAAUUCCCAAGAGUAAUCAAGACAGAAUUUCUCCUUACAGUAUCAAUACAAUGUCAAGCAGACAGGUAAUGAGAAUAAAGACAAAUAUCAAUUAAGAGAUUAUUACUUGAUCCAAUAACAAAUUCUCUAAACUACCAUCACAAGAACUAUAUAGCAGACAGUAAGGAGAAUUGCUAAUGAGAUCUUGGGAGUUUAAGGGUGAACUCAGGGGGUUGUAGGAUUGAUAUCAGGUGUUGGGUCUGCUUCAUACAGGUUUAACUUCAUGAUUAUCAGCAAAAAUAAGUAAUUUAAUAUUUCAUUUUACAGAUUUACUUUUCAAAAGGCUUUCAUUGGCGUCGUGAAAGAGACAGAUGAUGUGGCAGGACAGCAUGAGCUGAUAUCAGAGAGUUUAACUGAAAAGAUUUGGAAGGAAUUACAUUUAUUGCAUAAUGAACUUAAGACAGAGAGAAGAAAGGUGAAACUUUUUACGCUGUAGAUGUUGAUUCCUUUUUUUUAUAAGUUUUUGGAGGUUCUUGGGAGUAAAAAUUGCAAUUUGUAACAAAACAUGAUAGGUUGUAUCAAUAGGCCAGCAGCAAUUACAAGAACAAAUUUGGAAUUGCUUGUUUAUUUUUUACUUUUUUUUUCGUGUUUUGUUUUCCAUUUUUUUUUUUUUUCACCAAGUAGGAGUCUCUUCCUCAGAGACUAAGAUGAUACUUAUUUUUACUCCUCAAAUGCUCAUGGAAUUGACAGAAUUAAUGCUAUUCACAUCGGUCUUCAAAAGGUUCCACUUCCAGCUGCCUAUACUAGAAACAGAGCAUUGCAUACAUGUAACUGAUUCAUUUUCAAGAAAAUAGGUUUUAAAACUUAAGUCUUUGUUUUGAUUCUGUCAAUGUCAUUGCUCAUUUUGGAGUUAGUGAUAGGUAAAAAACUUUUCAAAAAGAUUGUGGAAUGUGUUGUUAAAGAAAAAUGCAUUUGCAAAUAGGUCUAGAAAUGUACUGUUGGAAGCUCAUUGACUCGACUUAUUAAAAUCUAUUUUUAUGAUUAUUGUAAUUUCCAGCAUCUGUCUGAUGGUAAAAAAGUUCAAGAACAACUAGAACAGUCAAUAAAAGCUAUGGAAGUUGUAAGUAUUAGUGGCAUCAGCCCUUUCGUUCACAAGAUAUCAUUUAUUUAGUGAUUCUCCAGAAUGCAUGUGAUACAAUUCUUAGCAUGUUACUUUGAAGAAUUUGGUAUUGGAUCAACUAAUGAUCCCCUAAUUGAUAUUUUUUAUAUUCUCGUCACUUGCCUGCUUGCUUUUGUAUGGGAAUCAUAAGGAGAAAUUCUGUCUUGGUCAUUCAUGGGAGUUAGAGGGAUAGUUAUUAUAAGUUUAGGGUGUUGUCUAAAUUAAUAGCUUAAGCCACUUGCUAUAAAUAACAAUUUCUGCCCCUUGCAGAGUAAAAGAGCUUAUAUGAAGGCAAGUGAAGAAGCUGAGCAAGCCCUUCAAGCAUUCCAGAAAGCUGAUCAAGACAUGGCUAACUCUAGAUUGCAGAUUGAAAAGGUGAAAUAAAGUUGUACAGUUUUAACCAUUAUCACUCCAUAGAACAGGUCCUAAUUUAUUUGAGCUAUUAUUGUGGAAAAAAUGCUAUCUACUCAAAAUCUGGGCAAAAAUCCAGGGAGCUGUUUUUCUAAGAAACAGUUCACAACUUGAACACUUCUACUCAUGGAAUAUUUUGACCAUAACUCAUUUUUUUCCUUUGGGAGUAGCCACUCUUCAUUUAAAGUAUCAGCUGUGUGAAUAUUCAGUUUCACAUCAUGUGGGCUGAUGUUUAAAACUGGCUAACAGAAAUUAUGAUUUUGACUUCUAUACCAUGAAGUGUAGCAUAUGGAUGUCAACAAUUUCCCUUGACAAGAAGAGCAUCAUUCAUAAAAUUAAGUAUAGUUUAAGGAAGGAAAGCAAAUAAUUAUACUCCCUUACAUCAGCAUAUAUAUUUUCCAAACAAAUUAUAAUAAACUGAUCGUGAUGUUUUUGCUAUUUUAGCACAAAAAUAUAUCGGUUGAGAAGGGCCAGGCAUGUGAGAGGGCAAAGGAUGAAUACAGAAACCAACUUCAACAGACAAAUAGCAAGCAAGCCUUACACUACAGCAAUGAAAUGCCAGCGGUGUUCGAUGUACGUAUGUCAGAAACUAAAUUUUCUAGGGCACAAUGAUACUUAAUAUUAAAUGUUAGAUUCAACUUAAGUACAGCAAUAGAUAGAUACAAUAAUAGUUAUCAAAAAGUUUAGGAAUAUAGAAGGUUUCAAUUGCUUCUGAUUAUUGCAAUUUAAUUCAUUGACAUAUUUUUGCAUGAACUGAAUUUUGUCCUGUGCAAGUCCCUUAAAAAUCCUCUGCUAUGUUGCAUUGCUAAACCAGAAUCCCUCAAGCACUGAGCUUGCUGUAACUCAAAUUGGGGCAGUCUUCUGGUGACCAAGUGCUUUUUUGUGUGAAGAGGAUGUUGGUCUCUCACCUCAGAGCACAACACAAUAAUACAAACAAGAGUUCAAAUCUAAACUGGCAGGUUGAAGUCUGAAUCAGGCCCCUGCUGCUUGCCACUCACGCACAUUUUGUAAUCAACUGGUGUUUUGGAAUACUCUUCCUUCAGCUGUACCUCUCUUCCCUUGUGAGGAGUAACAAAAGAUCUUUGUCAAUCCUUUAACUAGCAUCUAAUUUCUCCUUAAAAUAUAACCCCUGAAUUAAAAUUAAGGCUUGGAGAAUAAAAGAAAUGAUGACAAACUUAAGGAGAUUUUUGUUGUUAAAUAAAUUCUCCUUGUCAGCACCUUAGGAAAUGUAUAGAGAACAGUAUGGAGAAUAUGCAUACUGAUGUUAGAGUGUAGAAUGUUAAGAGGUCACAACAGGAAAGUAAGUUGCUCCAGAAACUGAAAAGGGAAUCCCAUUAGUGUGAUUUUCGUAUCACUUUGGAAAGGAGUUGGUAACAAAAUUAAUUAGUUCUUAGAGCUGAAUAGCCCUAAAUACCUUUGUUAAAUCUUCAGGAACUACAGAAAAUGGAUGAGCGAAGAAUAAAGAGAACUGGUGAAUUAUUAGAGGAGUAUGCAAAUGUAGAGGCCAAAGUUAUGCCUAUAAUACAAAAAUGUCUGGAUAACAUGAAGGACAAUGGAAAAUCAGUCAAUGGACAACAGGUAUUGAUCUCUUUUUAACUCUUCAACUCCCGGAAGUGAUUAACAUGUAUUUUCUCCCCAUAAUAUCCAGCAUUUUCCAGCAAACAGGUGAUGAGAAUACUCAAAUUUGUCAGGUAGAAGUUGUUGUCUUGAUCUAACAUCAAGUUCUCAUAACUAAUUUACAAGGCAAUGUUUAGCAGCUAGAGGGGAGAAUUAUCACUCAGAUCUCAAGAUUAAGGAGGUGUCCAACAUGAUCCAAACAGUCUUUUGCUAAUUUACAUUGUGCAAUUCAGUUUGAAGAACAUAGCUACACAGUAAUAUGAUCUAAAAUGGACGCUUUGAAAAAGAUGACCCUGGCUUAUACCUGUACAUGGCUCAAACACAAAAACUAUUGUUCCUUGAAGGAAGAUUACCCCAGCAAGAAAGUGAGAUAACCUCACCCCUAGUACAUCUCCUUACCUUUAGAUAAACAGAACCAAGAAAAACAACAGAAAGCAGGGUUACCCAGCUAUAGGUGUUUCCCCCAUAUCCAUGUAGAUAAAGCCAAGAGAAUGAUAUUUUUUGCAACAUCAGGACAGCAAACUCCUGUGUGAUCAACAUAAAACUGAGUACAAGCCACCUCAAGAUAUCCAGUUUGAGGAAUAUGGCAGCAAGCACACUCUCACCAGACAGCCUGCUAGUGAAACCAAGGGAAAAAAAGGGAAGAGUAUCUUUACUGGAAAUAAAAAAAAGAAAAAGGUAUGAAGCAAGCCAUUGACCAGUAUUGAAAAUGAAAUUGAAUGGUCAAAUGCAGUAAACUUCAUAAUUAACAAUUUAGUUGCUCUCACUUUGUGGGUUUAUUUGCAAAUUUUGAAAUUCAUAAUAGGUUUGAAGGUAUGAUAUUCAUUCAAUUAAGCACCCUGGGAUAAUUACUUGUCAAAUUUUUAGACCUUGAGAGAGGGUGCCUACUUGAGAUGUAUGCUUAUUCAAGGCUGGGCACUUAUCAAAUUUUCACCAUUUUCAGCAGGUAGUACAUUUACUUUGAAACACAAGAAAAGUUGUAAAUUAUCCUAAACCCUAGCUUUAAUUGUGUGUGAAGCUUGUUGAAGAUUGUCAUUGGGGGCAAAGGAUUUGUAUUUAUUGUUCUUUCCUUUAUUAAUGACAGUCCUUCAAAAUUUUGACUUAAGAAUCACUGAUGUUUGGAACCAACAGAGAGCAUAUGUAGUUGACAUAAUAAAUGCAAUAUCUGCAGGAGAUAUUGUAUUUAUUAUGUUGAGUUCAGAGUCUGCCUUGUUUCCAAGACCCUUGUCCAUGUAGUUUUCACAAACUUAUAUAAACUCAGAGAGGAACUCAAAAUGGCUGAAUGCUUUUAAAAAGUGUAUAAUGAAACAAUUAUAAGAGUAUUGAAUUAUUAAAAAUCAGCUUAUAUGUAAGUGAAUGAAUCAAUCAAAUGUCAUGUUUGUGUUAUUUGCCACAGCCUUCACAUUUCAGCAGAUAACUUAGAUGUUGGUUUUGAUAAUUCAUAAAAUCAUGCUCAACCUCAUCCAAUGAUUGGUUAUUACCUUAUGUCUGACAUCAAGAUCUUCUUUUUCUUCAGAAUGUUGAUAAUGGAUUAGAUGGUAAUGAUCAAACAUUGACACCAGGACAGAAGAUUCGCACUUCUAAAAAGAAGGUGCAGCAGUUAGAGGCACAAGUGGCACAGCUCAAGAACUCCAGGUACCUAGCCCUGUUGUCACUCUGUAUUUUUUUUCUAAAUAUUGUGAUUUAUAUACUUUUGUUUUGGACUGGAGAGGGGGAGGGGGGUUCAGAAAAGUUACCCGAAGUUUGUUAUUGUUGUGUCAAGUUAUUCCAAUCAGAUAUGUAUUAAGAAAGUUAUAGGAGGAUGGACCAUGAGACAGAUAGACAUAGAUAGUCAGUCUGAUUGACUGACUCGCUGAGUGUCUGAAUGUCUGCUUGAGGGACUGUUUCACCCCUAAACUCCCAUGAAUGACCAAGACAGAAUUUUUGCUUACAAUAUCAAUGCAAUAUCAAGCAGUCAAGUGAUAAGAAUACACAAAAAUAUCAAUCAGGGGAUUAUAAGGUGAUUCAAUAACCAUUUUUUUCUAUAUAAAAAAUACAAAUCGUAUGGCAGACAGUAACAAGAACUGCUCAUGAGAUUUAAGGAGUUGAAAGGUGACUGACUGAACUUCUAACAGAGAUACAGAGAGGGAUAAUGAGAAAUGGAGAGAGAGAGAGAGAGAACAUCGACAGACGAGCACAAAUACAAGCAGAUUGCUAUCCUUUUCAGAAAAUAGCGAGACAAAAACUUGUGAUGAAAGGACGAGGAGAAUCAUAAUUUUUUUAAUUCCCUUAACCCUUCAACCCCUAAAAGUGACUAGCAUCUAAUUUCUCCUUACAAUAUCACUCCCACAAAUCACACAUUAAGGUAUUGAGACUAAAGGAAAUGAUCACUAACUUAAAAGGUUCUUGACUGUUAAACAAAGUCUCCUUGUCAGCACCUCGAGAAAUGUAUAGAGAACAGUGUGGAGGAUAUGCAUACUGAUGUUCGAGUGUAAACAUUUUAUUGGUUUUUUAUUGGUUUUCCGUCACAGUUCAGCAGUACUCAUCUCUACUCCAAGUUCAAAAGAACACUGGCUUGGGUUUAUUCUUGUUCCUUUGUUUCUUUUUUCAGGGAGGGUAUGGAAAAAAUGAUUGAUGUGUACAGGCAGAAUCCUUCACUCGGUGACCCAGCCACUAUUGAACAAAACCUCAGUGAUAAUGCUAAGGAGCUGGAUGCUCUUAAUGUUGACCUCCACAGAUAUCAGGUUAGAGACUAUUGCUUUGCUAUGUUAUCUACUAGAUGUGAGUUCUGCAGCAGACACUUUGAACCAGACCCCCCUCCACAAAUAUCAGUUUAGAGACUACUGCUCUGUGAUGAUAUCUGUUAGACAUGAGUUCUGCUGCAGAGACUUCUAAACCAAACCCCUCAUAAAUUUGAGCAACUUAAUGAACUGAAUCCCAACCAGUGUAGAGAAGGGAUCUUCACCUUCAGUUAAUUUUAAGUGCAAAAGUUCCCCUGAAUUCCCUUAUACUGUCAACGAUAUAGUGUGAUUCCUUAGAGGGGUGGAGAUUACCGUAAAUACCUCAAAGACGAUUUCAAUAGUUUUGAAUGGUUGAUCAGUUUUCAUACUAAAUAUCUGGAAAUAUCCAAAAUACUUUGGUUGUUAUGCAAAAAUACUUCUGGAUCAAUGUGAGUAUCUUAGUAACUGCGUACCUACCCCUCCCCUAAUCCAAUAUUAACCCCAAUACCGACAUUGAUCCAAAAUUUUGAUGAAACCUCUUAAUGCUAAUUUCUAGUGCUACCUGGCUGCUUUGGAGAACAGAGAUGCCCCACCGCCUCCUGAGGUCUACUCCAAAACUGGCAGCUCCCAAUCACCACCGGCACCAAGCAGCAGUGUACCAGACGGGGCUCCAUCCAAUGUCCCUCCCCCUCCUGAACCUGCACCUGCACCUGCACCUCCCCCCGCUAUGUUAGUACCACCGGUUGAAGAAGAUGAUGAGUUUGAAGAAGACGAGCCUCACUGUCGAGUUAUUUACGAUUUCCAAGGUAACACAAGCCUUUUCUCUUUCCUUUAGGUAUUACUUGGCGUCUUUACUGUCUGAUUGUUGAUCAAACUCCCAUUUGACUGUGUACUAACCACUCAAAACAUGGUUACUGCUGUGCAUGCGCAAAGGCUUCAAUAAAAGCCAGUUGCUACCUAUUUCACAAUCGGCAGCCGCUUAUGAUAAAAGUUGUUAAAACCCUUGGGAUGCUCUGUGAACAACGCGUUUCGAAAACUCAACAUUUGCAUCUUAACUUAAGCCAUCCCAAUUCUUUUUUGCAUCUUAACUUAAGCCAUCCCAAUUCUUUUUUGCAUCUUAACUUAAGCCAUCCCAAUUCUUUUUUCAGCAACAAAUGAUGGUGAACUCACCGUUGUUGAAGGAGAUGAGCUUGUUGUUUUGGAACAAGACACAGAUAACAGUGGCUGGACGAAAGUGUUAAAAGACGAUGAGGAAGGAUAUGUUCCGUCCACUUAUAUUGAAUAUGUGUAGGAGAAACAUGGUUCACAAAUUAGUGAGUGUAACACAACUAAAAUAAUAUUGAAUGGUUAAAAUUUUGGGAAAGUCCGUUGUCAAUAAGAAAAUGCGUCAUCAUUUUCACCGCUUUCGGUUUGUAAACAGUGAGAAAGACAGCAGUGUGGGUGAGGGGUUUGGUCCUCCAGCCCACCACCCCCCUCCCCCCACCACCUCCUCUAAUUUGUCCUAUUGUCUCAUGUAUUGAUUAUUCAGCCGCUGAAUUUGGUUGGUUGUCUGCUCGCAAGGUUUGGCCGAAAACUGUUCCUGCGAAAGAAACAACCCAUCAGAUAGACUAUAUCGCACGGUGCUUAACUGGACAGUAGUGUAUACCGUCAUUUUACUUGAAUUUGUCCUUAGACAGAUGGUAACAUUAUUGACUGGAUGGAAAUCUUAUGAAAAUUUAUAGUGAAGGUUAACCAUAUCAUUAAAAGUUUGAUGUUGGACUUACUGAUGCGAAUUUCACGCGAAGGAUAUGAAAAAAAAUCAAUGCGUAUCUGUUAGCAGAAUAGAGGAGUGAAGGGGGCCUAACUCUUAAACUCCCGUGAGUGACCAAGACAGAAUUUCUUCUUACUAUAUCUAUACAAUAUCACGCAGACUAGUGAUCAGAAUAAAGAAAAAUAUCAAUUAUGGAAUUACUAAUUGAUCCGAUACCAAAUUCUCCAAACUAAUAUAAUAAGAAUCGUUUGGCAGACAGUAAGGAGAACUACCAAUGAGGUCUUGGGAGUGAAAGGGUUAAUGUUUUUUUUUUACGUAAGAUGUUGCUUAACAAUGCGAAAUAAGAGGUUACUGGAGGCUCCAAUUGACGAGAAUAUUUUAUUUUUCGGUCGCGUUUAAGUAGCUUUAAGUAAGUUGACAAUUUAUAAGGAGUAUUAAUCUAGUAUAGCUUUGUGUUUAAUAUUUCUUACAAUACAGGGCUUUGUUGCUCUCGAAAUGAAAUCAAGAAAUUUUCUUACUAUGGGCUUUUUUUGUUUUUGUUAACUUUUUUUUAAAGAAAUACGUAUGUUGUCAGUGUUAUUUUUCUGCACUCACUUGACAAAUGUAUGCUUAAAAAAAUAUGAGUAUUUUUCUUCUCCUUUUUUUAACAUACAACACAAAUUAGGUGUCGGUAGAAAUGUGCCACAGCGUGUUAUUUAGAAGCUUGAUAUUAGUGUUGGUGAGAUAGUACUUUGUUUGAUUUUUUAUUGGUGUAUGGAUUACAACAAAUUAGUUUGUUAACAAAAUAAGAAAUAGCUCUAGAGUAUAGGUCAAGAGCGGCCGCUUUUUCGACUGUGAGGCAAAAUAUCGGAAUUCAGUAUAGGAGUAAUUGUUAGAAUUCAACAGGCUAACACUAGAAGUAAUUAAAAUUAAUCGUGAAUGUUG